UUGUUGGAGAAAAGGAAAGGGGGGAAAAGAGAGUAACUGACUCAGCAAGAAAAGGGCAACAAUUAAUGCUUUGUCUUUUAAAUCCUUUAAUUUCGAAUUCGUUUUCCUUGGGAUCUCUUCUUUAUUUUCUUUCCCCCCCCCCCCCCGCCUUCAGAAAAUUCCUCUCUUUUCUCUUAAUUUGCAAUAUCAUGUACAAUUCUAGGUCAAACGUGUUUUCAUCUUUUCAAAGUUUGCUUUUGCUGAAAGAUCUUAAUUUCUGUUGUCUGAUUAAAAUUUUCAUUUGUUUGAGUUGAUGUUCAUGUUAUCCUCUUUGUAGAUUCCGAUUAUGGCUAUUAAGAUUGAAGGGUACUUUUUUUUUCCUUGUUAAUUUGAGUGUUCUGUGUGUAAUUUAAGGGUAGGGUUAUUCUCUCUCUCUCUCUCUUUUAAAUGUAUGUAUGUUUAUGAAUUAAUCGAGACGAAAAAGAAAAAGAAAAGAAAAGAAAAGAAAAAGAGAUGCAUAUUGAAGAAUUGAAAGAAGGAGAGCAACAGGAUCAAGAUCAGAGUCAAUUUUGCGGAGAUAGCUUGGUUGUUUGGGAUGCAAAGAGGGUUUUGGUGGGAGCUGGAGCACGUGCUCUUUUUUAUCCAACCUUGUUAUAUAAUGUUCUCAGGAACAAGAUCCAGUCUGAAUUUAGGUGGUGGGAUCGAGUUGAUGAGUUUAUUUUGUUAGGUGCCGUGCCUUUCCCUGCCGAUGUUCCCCAGUUGAAGGAUCUUGGUGUCUCCGGAGUUGUGACCUUAAACGAACCAUAUGAGACUUUGGUUCCGACAUCGUUAUAUCAUGCUCACAACAUCAACCAUUUGGUGAUUCCUACAAGAGACUAUCUUUUUGCUCCAUCGUUUGCUGAUAUUUGCCAAGCUGUAGGUUUCAUACAUGAGAAUGCAUCUGUUGGAAAGACCACUUAUGUUCACUGCAAGGCUGGUCGAGGGCGCAGCACAACCAUUGUCCUUUGCUACCUGGUGCAACAUAGGCAUAUGACACCUGAUGCAGCUUAUGAAUAUGUUAGAUCUAUCAGACCUAGGGUACUUCUGGCUCCUGCGCAGCAGCAGGCUGUUCAAGAUUAUUAUCUUCACAAGGUGAAAAAUAAUGGAAUGCCCGUAAACUCUUGCUGUGUGGUCGUAAAGAAAACCCUAAUUGUACCAGAACAACAGGAUACGGAAGCCUUUGAUGAUAACUCUGUAGUUGUGGUAACAGAGUCGGACCUUGAUGGAUAUGACUCUAGCUUUGACACAGAUGUGUUCGAUGAAGAGAUGUCUGCCGAGGGAAGCAUUGCUGGCAGGUUGCAGUUUGCUAGUCAAGCUGCCAUGAGCAAACUUUCUUGCCUAUGGCUACGGUGCCGUGCGGAUGAGAAGUCUUCUAGGAAGCUGUUGAGCAGUCUUGGUAACGACAUUCGGGUUUAUUGAUUUGUCGGUAUCAGCUCAAGAUGUUAAUUCGAGUCUUUUUUGUGUAAACUUUUCGAGUUUUUUUUUUUACGAAGUGGAUUGUGUUUGUUUU